AUGUGGCAAGUUUUGGGAUGUGAUCUUGAUGAAAUAAAGGAAGCUCCACUUUGCAACGUCCAAGUGGAUCUUGUCUUCGUCUUGGAUGGUACGGGUAGCGUGGGAGCCACGAACUUUGAGAAAAUGAAGACCUUCGUGCAGAAGAUGAUCAGCGACUUUGAGCUUGGGCCCGAGGGCACUCGCAUCGGUGUGGUGGUCUAUUCCCACCGGGCAUCACUGGAAAUCAGCUUGGAUGCAUAUGACGAUCAAGAAGCGCUAAACGGUGCUCGGGACGGAGUGAGGAAAGUAGCCGUCAUCUUGACCGAUGGAGUAUCAUAUGAUGACCCUGCGGAGCCGGCCCAGAGUAUGCGCAAGGCGGCCAUCAUCACCUAUGCCGUGGGGAUCGGUAGCAACCUUGACCGUGACCAGUUGGACGUGAUUGCCGGAGUGCCAGACAACCUAUUUGUACUGGAUGACUUCAGCAUGCUGGACAACCUACGAACCACCCUGCCCACUCAAGUCUGUGACGCCUCUACUAGUGAACAGAUUCUCAUCAGAAUCGUCAUCACAUCAGUGCGGUUUGACGUGUCUCUGUUGAACGGCAACUCUACAGAAUUCCAGACACUGUUUGCCCAAAUCAACCGUGCCUUCAUCGGCUUCUUCCCAGGAGUCCCUGGAUUCACCGCACCUCUGGUGUCUCUCGCACCGGGUCCUGAUGAUAAUUCCGUGGUGGCCAUGUGUUUGGGAUCGGUACCAGCAUUUGCUACCAACACUGUGAGAACUGGUCUACUGAACGCAUCAGAAGAGCUCAACAACCUGACUCUCAACACGGCCCUCACAAGCGUUGUCGCUGUGCUGAGUCAGUUUUCCCCAAGUAUCGGAUCCGUAGAUAUCGUGUCUCUACGAGUGACCCAGAUCCUCCCAGGUUCGACAGCUGCAACUACUUCAGUCGACGUUGAGGUAGUGGCCACGACAUCCGCAGUAUCGGCCGUCCAAACAAGGCUGACCAAUAUUACCGCACCUGGCCAGGUGCUUGGCGGCGCCUCUAUCAUCACUUCACAAGUGGCAUUAACAGCUCCACUUUGCAACGUCCAAGUGGAUCUUGUCUUCGUCUUGGAUGGUACGGGUAGCGUGGGAGCCACGAACUUUGAGAAAAUGAAGACCUUCGUGCAGAAGAUGAUCAGCGACUUUGAUCUUGGACCCGAGGCAACUCGCAUCGGUGUGGUGGUCUAUUCCAACCGGGCAUCACUGGAAAUCAGCUUGGAUGCCUAUGACGAUCAAGAAGCGCUGCAAGAUGCGGUCGCCGACAUCGCAUAUCCGGGCGGUUACACUCUGACAGGGGCAGCCAUCGACUACACCACCACCUUUGCCUUCUCUACUAGAAACGGUGCUCGGGACGGAGUGAGGAAAGUAGCCGUCAUCUUGACCGAUGGAGUAUCAUAUGAUGACCCUGCGGAGCCGGCCCAGAGUAUGCGCAAGGCGGCCAUCAUCACCUAUGCCGUGGGGAUCGGUAGCAACCUUGACCGUGACCAGUUGGACGUGAUUGCCGGAGUGCCAGACAACCUAUUUGUACUGGAUGACUUCAGCAUGCUGGACAACCUACGAACCACCCUGCCCACUCAAGUCUGUGACGCCUCUACUAGUGAACAGAUUCUCAUCAGAAUCGUCAUCACAUCAGUGCGGUUUGACGUGUCUCUGUUGAACGGCAACUCGACAGCAUUCCGGGCCCUGUUUGCCCAAAUCAACCGUGCCUUCAUCGGCUUCCUCCCAGGAGUCCCUGGAUUCACCGCACCUCUGGUGUCUCUCGCACCUGGUCCUGGUGAUGAUUCCGUGGUGGCCAUGUGUUUGGGAUCGGUACCAGCAUUUGCUUCCAACACCGUGAGAACUGGUCUAUUGAACGCACAGCUCAACAACCUGACUGUCAACAGGGCACUCACAAGUGUUGUCGCUGUACCUCGGUGA